CCUCCUCUUCUCGAAAAGUUUUGCUUGAGUUUGAUGUUUUGCUGCGAAUUGUAACUGUUGAGGCCUCGGUUUGAAUUUUGGGUUUUUCUUGGUCGGCGUCUGGUUGCAGUGUAUCAGAGUAUGUGAAAUAGCUGUGCUUAUUAGCGAUGUCGUCCGUGUACGUGUUGGAACCGCCCACCAAAGGGAAGGUGGUGCUGAACACCUCCGCGGGGCCGCUCGACAUUGAGCUUUGGCCCAAGGAGGCUCCUAAAGCUGUUCGCAAUUUUGUUCAAUUGUGCGUGGAUGGCUACUACAAUGGGACCGUAUUUCAUCGUCUUAUCAAGACUUUCAUGGUGCAAGGAGGUGAUCCGACUGGAACUGGAACAGGUGGAGACACCAUCUAUGGGGGGCCCUUCUCCGAUGAGAUCCAUUCCCGUUUGCGGUUUAAUCACAGAGGUGUCGUCGCUUGUGCAAAUGCCGGAACUCCUCACAGCAAUAACAGUCAAUUCUUCAUCACCUUUGACCGUUGCGAUUGGCUUGACAAAAAGAACACUAUAUUUGGAAAGAUUACCGGUGACACAGUUUACAAUUUGAUGAAGAUUGGAGAAUUGGAAACAGACAAAGAUGAUCGUCCCUUGCAUCCACCCGUAAUCAACUCUGUGGAGGUGCUGUGGAAUCCUUUUGAUGACGUCGUGCCCAGGAAAUUGGAGCCGAAAGUUGAGGCCGUGGACGAGAAACCUCAGUCUAAAACAGAUAAAGCCUUGAAACCUAAGAAGAAACUGAAUCUCCUAUCUUUCGGAGAGGAGGUAGAGGCUGAGGAGCAGGUAUUGGAGACUGUUAAGGAGAAAAAAAUCAAGAGCAGUCAUGACGUGCUUCAAGAUCCACGAUUACUGAAAGCUGGGAUGGACUUGGCUGAUUUGGAUCCAGUUGAAUCUCGCAGGGUGAAAGGCGUACAGGCUGCAGUCAGACAAGCUUUGUCUAAGAAGGACAAAAUUGAUGGUGAUGAUCAUAAACCUAAUGACAGUGAGGAUGGCAGUAGUAGUGGAGAUGAGGCUGACUUUGAGGCAUCUAUGCGUAAGAAAGUUCUGGAGAAGCGAGCGAAGUUCGCCGACUCUAAGGAGGCUGGUGUUGGUGAUAAGAAAAAAGAAAGGCAAGGGGAUAACAAAAAACAAGCUCCCAUUCCUAGGGAAACUCGACGAAUAGUCGAAGAUUCGGAUGAAGAGGAAGAGGAAAGAAAGAGUAAAUUGAGUCUGAAGCGAGGAAUGGGUUCAGAGGCACGGACAGCUCUAGCUGCGAAUUUAGAUGCUGACGCACAGCUGUUAACCCCAUUGGAGCAACAGCGUGCAAGAUUCAAGCAAAAGAAGCGUCUUCAGGGGUCGCGGGAGGGUGCGACGUUAGCAAAACUGGCACAAUUCAGGGCCAAACUUGGUCAGAAGAUAGUGGGCACAAAAGAGAAGGAUGCUGACGAAGAAGAUUGGCUGUCUCAUGAACUGAAAUUUGAAAAAGAUCCUACAAAGAAGGAUGAUAUGGCAAAGAACGAGGAUCCAAACCAAUAUAUGGUGUACGAUCCCCUUUUGGAGAAAGGAAAGGAAAAAUUCAAUAAAGAGCAGGCCAAAUUCAAAAAACGAAAUCGUGAAUGGGCUGGAAAGUCUCUUACAUAGUACAGAAGGUGUUUUACAGAGAUUUCUGUACAUUUUAUUAUUGAAGUCAAUUUAUAUCUUUCUUUUGGAUUGAAGCCAUUGUAUUACAGUCGAUAAUGAAUUCGGAUGUGGCAUCGUGGAAACACAAUCAUGCAAAGA